AUGACCACAGCAAUGGAGUCGUCGCGAAUAUUCGUGCGCGGUCUACCCCCACGAUUCACCGAAGACGACGUCCGCAAGCAUUUUGCCAAGUUUCCGGUUACCGAUGUCAAGUUCUUUCCCCAUCGCCGCAUUGGCUAUGUCGGCUACAAGUCGCCCGAGGACGCUGCAAAGGCAGUGAAGUACUUCAACAAGACCUUCAUUAACCUCACAAAAAUCUAUGCGGAGAUUGCGCGACCAAUAGCCGACAAGGAACUGCCAAAGUCACGACGGCAACAGAGGCUAGAGAAGAGCGCACCACAGAACGAUGAAUACAUAGCGCCACUACAGGAGAAUGCUCUCAAGCGCAAACGCGAACAAGCCGAACUCGAGCAAGACCCCAAGCUCAAGGAGUUUCUACAGGUGUACCAGGCUCCUUCCAAGACAAACAUCUGGACGAACGGGGAUACACAGCCAGACGUGGCUGUUGCUUCAGGCGAGGAAAUCGUACCCGCUGUUGUCGUACCAGAAGAUGAAAGCGACGACGAUUAUCAAGUCAUUGCGAAGAAGCCGAAGACAGCAGUCGACAAUGCAACUUUUGUGGAAGCAAAUGUCGCAAGCAAGCCCACAGUGGAGGCAAAGAGCGUAGAUUCGACCAAAGACGUCUCUGCACAACUUGACGAAGACAUGGAGGGUGUCGAGCCUAGUGGAGGCCCCGUUACCGAUGACGACUGGUUACGAUCGAGAACCAAUCGCGUUCUGGACUUGGUCGAGGACGACGAGUUGCCUGCACCAACCGAUCGAUCGCAGGUGAGCGAAGCUCCGCAGAAGCGUCAACCAGAGGUGAUCGAACAACCAGACGAGGCGGAAGCAGUUGAGGAACAAGCACCUGAGGCAGAUCACACAAAAGUGCCGUCUUCGGAUGAAGUGGAGAAGAUCCGAGAGACUGGCAGACUAUACCUUCGGAAUUUGCACUUCGAGGUCACUGAAGAUGAGCUUCGACAACAUUUCGCCAAGUACGGCUCUUUGGAAGAGGUACACGUUCCGCUGAAGAAGAGCGAUGGCAAAGGAAAGGGCUUUGCAUUCAUCCAGUUCAAAGAGCCAGAACAGGCCGUCGUGGCAUAUGACGAUACCGAUGGCACCAUUUUCCAAGGCCGUCUACUGCACAUCAUUUCUGCGAAAGCCAAGAAAGACACAAGCCUCAACGAAUUCGAGAUCUCCAAAUUACCGCUCAAGAAGCAAAAGGAGAUUAGACGAAAGCAGGACGCCACACGAGCUACUUUCAAUUGGAAUUCGCUCUACCUCAAUGCCGAUGCUGUCAUGUCUACAAUCGCAAACCGAAUGGGAAUCAGCAAAGCGGAACUUCUUGAUCCCACCUCUUCAGACGCAGCUGUGAAGCAGGCACAUGCAGAGACACACAUCAUCCAGGAGACGAAAUCCUACUUUGCCCAGCAUGGUGUUGAUCUUGAGGCUUUUCAAAGGAGCGCCAAAGGUGACCUAGCCAUAUUAGUGAAGAACGUCCCUCAUGGUGUGACGCCUGACGAGUUGCGUAAGAUGUUUGAAGAGCACGGCACAGUGACCAAGUUCCUGAUGCCGCCAACUGGCAUGACCGCCAUUGUUGAGUUCUCCAACAUUGCGCAAGCGAAGACAGCGUUCAUGUCUUUGUCGUACAGGAAGAUGAAGGACUCGAUCCUUUACCUUGAGAAGGCCCCUAAGGACCUAUUUAAGGAAGGUGCUGUCAUAGAUGUACCGCGUACAUCUACUUCGGGUGGACCGGCUGCCAAGCUCUCUGCUACGGACUUGCUAGAGGAGGCUCCUGAACCCGAGGCCGCCAACACAGCGACUCUGUAUGUACGGAAUUUGAACUUCACCACAACCACGGAGCGACUUACCGAGGCGUUCAAGCCGCUGUCUGGUUUCCGGAGUGCCAAAGUCAAAACCAAGGUCGAUCCGAAACGAGGAGUGUUAUCUAUGGGCUUUGGAUUCGUCGAGUUCAACAGUGCCGAGACAGCUUCUGCAGCAUUGCGGACGAUGGAUGGGCAUGACCUAGAGGGCCAUAAGUUGCAGAUCAAAGCUUCUCACAAGGGCGCGGAUGCUGCUGAGGAGCGUCGAAAGGAAGAUGCUGCCAAGAAAGCAGCAAGUACAAAGAUCAUCAUCAAGAACUUGCCUUUCGAAGCUGGCAAAAAAGAUGUUCGCGCGCUGUUCACCCCUUACGGCCAACUACGGUCCGUCAGAGUACCCAAGAAGUUCGACGCCUCUUCGCGUGGUUUCGGGUUUGCUGAAUUUACCACUAAACGCGAUGCUGUCAACGCCAUGAACGCUUUGAAGAAUACUCACUUGCUGGGUCGACGUUUGGUUCUCGCGUUCGCAGAGACCGAAUCGGAUGAUCCUGAGGCAGAGCUUGAGAAGAUGCAGCAGAAGGUGGGCGCACAGGCCAACAAGGUUGCGCUACAACGCCUCACAGAAGGCGGUCGUAAGAAGUUUAACGUUGCAGGCACAGACGAUCUAGAUGAAUGA